AUGGAAUUUCCUGCCGUAUGUGUGCCUAUGUAUCUGUGCCAGAAUGGAUUGUCUGAAUAUGGCCCGAUCAAGUCAAUUGACGUCUGUUCUAUAUAUCUAAGUGUAAUGAUUUUGAGGUUGAUUUUCUUGCUUGUCUUUAAUAUAUUGGACAGCACCCCAAAUCCUAAGUCUGUUGAGGAGGUUCUUCAUGAGGAGUUGGAGAAGGUGGAAGUUGAUAAACCAAAUGUUGACAACAUAAAUUGGGUCUCAAAUCUCGGAGAGUUAUUUCCCGGUUAUUGGAGGAUGAAGGUGUUGUGGAGGGUAUUGGCGGCUCAUGAGCUGGUUUUCUCACCUUCAGUCGCGCUCAACCUCAAAGGAAAGCCGCACGCUGCUGAUUUUAACCUUAUCCUUGAAGACAAGUGUGGAUACGUUUCUUGUGAUCUUCCGUUGGCAUGUGACCCUUCUGUGCAUGAUCUAGAUUUUAACAUGUAUGGUUGCCGUUCUUACCUUGUGAACAGAGAUGGACAUGAACUGGAAUUGGAUUUCAAGAGAGAUUGGAAAGGGUUUCGUUCAUCUACUUCUGAAAAGGACAAAGAAAAAACCUUGAAUUGGACUGUAGAUAUAUUUUGUAGAUUAGUGAAGCAGCACCCAAAUAUAACUCAAUUCUCGAGUAGAGAUUGGAAUAGAUCCAUAAUUUUAUAG